CGUUAUUUUGACUGAGAACACGUUCUCAUUUGCAGCAACGACCUGGGGAAUAGUUACAGGAGACAGGAGGGGGAUGAAUGAGCCAAUUGUAAACUGGGGAUUAUUAGGUGACCGUGAUGGUUUGAGGGCCAGAUUGGGAAUUUAGCCAGGACACAGGGGUUAACACCCCUACUCUUACGAUAAGUGCCAUGGGAUCUUUAAUGACCUCAGAGAGUCAGGACACCCGUUUAACGUCCCAUCCGAAAGACAGCACCCUACAUAGGGCAGUGUCCCCAAUCACUGCCCUGGGGCAUUGGGAUAUUUUUUAGACCAGAGGAAAGAGUGCCUCCUACUGGCCCUCCAACACCACUUCCAGCAGCAUCUGGUCUCCCAUCCAGGGACUGACCAGGACCAACCCUGCUUAGCUUCAGAAGCAAGCCAGCAGUGGAAUGCAGGGUGGUAUGCCCCUGUGCACAAAGUCCAUACAGAAAUGGUUUGUUGAGAUCGAUGUGGACGAACUUGACUGGCUAGCACUGAGCCCUGACCUCAACCCCACCGGGAUGAAUUGGACCGCCGACUGCCAGCCAGGCCUAAUUGCCCAACAUCAGUGCCCGACCACACGAAUGCUCUUGUGGCUGAAUGGAAGCAAGUCCCCGCAGCAAUGUUUCAACAUCAAGUGGAAAGCCUUCCCAGAAAAAUGGAGGCUGUUAUGUCAGCAAAGGGGGGUACAACUCCUUAUUAAUGCCCAUGAUUUUGAUGAGAUGUUUGACCAGCAGGUGUCCACAUACCUUUGGCCAUGUAGUGUGUGUUAAUGCCCGAUUUACUGUUUUCAUCUAUACAUGGGAUGCUCUUAUUUACCAGUAGCAAUGUCUGUUGUUUCAUUAGAGACACCCCGUGAGACUGGCUUUCACAAGACCACAAGGAACUGGACUCCUGAUACAUCCCUGUAGUACAAUUGAUAACUAUUGCUAUAAAUGCUAAAAAUCCAAUCUUACUGAAACUUAUAUCACUUUUUGGCCUAUCCCUCUGUACUGGUAUGUCUCUACUACUUUCACCACUCCUCCCCUUAACCCAUCUUCCUCUCCUUUCUUCACUGCCUCAACAUAUGACAACAUCUGCACUACCCUGGAAACCUCAACCUACCUCUCCUGCAUGGGACAAUUCUGUCUGUCUGGUUGGUCUCUGGGGAGGAGGCUUUCAAGUUUGUACGUCUGGACGGCUCUAUAAGAAAGAAGAGAAAGGUACCCCAGAAUGACCCACCCGUCAGCCUGUUGAACAAGCAGAUUUCAUUAAAAACUGGAGGGAAGCUUGGACUUAUGCAACUUUGUGGCAACUUACGCACUACCCUCUGUAGUGCCUUGCGGUCAGAGGCCGACCUGUAAGGCAGUGAUGCAACCAGUCAGGAUGCUCUCGAUGGUGCAGCUGUCAAAACUUUUCAGGAUCUGAGGACCCAUGCCAAAUCUUUUCAGUCUACUGAGGGGGAAUAGGUUUUGUCGUGCCUAUCUUGGUGUGCUUGGACCAUGUUAGUUUGUUGGUGAUGUGGACACCAAGGAGCUUGAAGCUCUCAACCUGCACCACUACAGCCCCGUCGAUGAGAAUGGGGGUGUGUUCGGUCCUCCUUUUCCUGUAGUCCACAUUCAUCUCCUUUGUCUUGAGUAUUCAUCUAAUUAAGUGUGUAUGUGAACAUGUUCCGGCUCGCCAGCCAAUUAUCAUAUUGAUGAAAAUCCAGUGUCUGUGUUAUGACUAACGUAUGAUGUUACACUCAUUCUGUUUUUUUAGGAUUUCUAAUUCUUAACCUUCUAUAAUAUGCAUUUAAUUCUGUAACACAACCGUGUCAGUGAAUCACAGGAAGAUUUUGUCAGAGUUGUCAGAUGUUCCAAGGCUGUGACAAUUGGCUCAAAUCUAUUCAUGUCUUCAGCAAAUUCUUCAACAUUUCAAUAUUUUCCAUCUUCUUUUGCUCCUUUAGUGCACACAAUCUCAGGAGGAGUUCAAGUUGGAAGAUAUGAGGAAACGUGAAAUCAUAUUUUGACGUAUAACAAAGAUUUUGCUUUUGAUGUGCAGCCAGUGCCCUUGAGGUAAAUGAAGAUCGAUGAACCAUCACAAUGCAGGCCACUUAUUGUCGUACCCAAUGAGAAUCCUUGCCCCAGGGGAGGAGGAGAACUUGGAGGUGGAAGAAGAGGAGGAUGCUGCUACAGGAGCAGGCUCCCCAGAGUCCUUUCCCAACAGAGUACCAGGUACAUUGUUGCCACGGUUACCCUCAGAGCCCAGGAUGUCGCUGCUCACAAUAAAGAUUGACAAGAUUGGGCUGAAAGAUGCUGGGAAAUGCAUUGAUCCCUACAUGACAGUUAGUGUGAAAGAUUUGAGUGGCAUUGAUUUGAACCCAGUGCAAGACACACCUGUGGCAACCCUGCUAGCUCCGGGGAACAAGGAGGCUCCGGGGACCAAGGAGCACAUCACAGUGCUGGCCUGCUUCAACGCAUCUUGGGAGGAUGUCCCCCCGUUUAUCAUUUACCCCAAGUGUUUCCCCGUUGGCCACUACACACUGGGAGGCCUCCCACAAGCCUUGUAUGGACGGUCAAACAGUGGCUACAUUGACGGGGACCUGUUCAGAUAG